AUGACAGACGGUCACUGCAUCUCGUCUGAUGUUUCACCAACAAGUCUUACGUUCACCAAAGAAGAUUUGCUUCACAGGCUUUUUAAGCAUCCAGACUUUGGAGGUCCGAACAGAGUUCUACCGACAGAGAACAAGACCAUCCUUAGAUUAGCUGCUGAAAAGGGUGAUUGCGAAGUGAUAGAAGUUCUGCUAGCUUACCCCGACAUCGACGUGAACAUGUCCGAUCGAUAUGUCGAGCCUGCUCUGACAGCUGCUGCUCAAAACGGCAAAAUGGAAGCUGUGAAGCUACUUCUCCAGCACAAAGACAUCGAUAUGAACCAAAUGCCUGCAGGAGGGAAUUGGUCGGCAUUGAAAUAUGCAAAAUUCUUCAACCACAAUGAGAUUAUCAACCUCCUCCUCUCCCACGGCGCCAUCGAUUACGAUGCCGAAGCACCAUCAAUCGUACCAACAACCGCACACAUCGACAACUCGCAAAACACUACUUUGCAUCCCGAAGGCGAAAUUCAGUUCGACCCGUUCGACGAUGAUAUGGACGGCGCAGCAAUCGAAACUUGGUUAGAGCUUUUCGGUACGGAGGAAGGAAUGAAGGAGUGA